AUCAUCAAAGUUUUCAUUUUUUAAAAAUUUUUUCCCUGUUUUUGAUGCAUUUUAGUCUGAAACAUAGUGGUCAAAACAGAGUGUUAUGCUUCCAGCUUGUCAUAGCAGUUUGAAAGCCGGUGUUAAGUUGAAAACUAUUGUCUUGAGCAUGCACAGAUUAGUUGGAAGAUUUAAUUAAGCCUUUAUUCCGAUAAAUUUGUCGUGGUUUCCUAAAGCUAGAAGCUUGAAUCUUUUAUUUUUUGAAUUUGGUUUUUGGGGUGUGAUAUGGGAGGGGCGACGUCAUUGUUAGCGGCGAAAUUGGCGUUCUUUCCACCGAACCCACCGUCGUAUACGGUGGAGGCAGCGGGAGAUGCUGGGAAGCUGAUGAUGACAGGGGUGGUAGCGAAGGAGAACGUCGACGUUUUAAGGGUGGGGACCAGGAGGGGAAGUCAGGUAGUGGCGGUGUACAUCAAGAAUCCUGCUGCCGCAUUGACUGUCCUUUACUCGCAUGGAAACGCUGCUGAUCUGGGACAACUGUACGAGCUGUUCGCUGAACUCAGUGCGCAUCUCAGAGUCAACUUGAUGGGUUAUGAUUACUCUGGGUACGGGCAGUCAACUGGAAAGGUAUGGGAUUCGAUUCUUUUCUCAUUUUCCUUGCUUGGUUGUUACUUGGAAGGAAAAUGUGGGCCAAGUGAGCAAAACACUUAUGCUGAUAUAGAAGCUGUAUAUAGAUGCCUUGGAGAGAAAUAUGGGGUAAGGGAGGAAGAUGUAAUCCUAUAUGGGCAAUCAGUUGGGAGUGGACCCACAAUAGAUUUGGCUACUCGAUUGCCAAGAUUAAGGGCUGUGGUUCUUCAUAGUCCAAUCAUGUCUGGACUUAGAGUGAUACAUCCAGUGAAGCGGACUUACUGGUUUGACAUAUAUAAGAAUGUUGAUAAAAUUCCAUGUGUCAACUGUCCAGUUCUGGUUAUCCAUGGAACUGCUGAUGAUGUUGUGGAUUGGUCCCACGGUAAGCAGCUUUGGGAUCUCUGCAAAGAGAAGUAUGAACCAUUGUGGAUUAGAGGUGGGAAUCAUUGUGACUUGGAGCUACAUCCACAGUACAUCAAACAUCUCAGAAAAUUCAUUUCAACAAUUGAGAUAUCACCUUAUCUCAGAAAAACAGCAUUGACCGGUUAGUUAUUUGGUCUUGCUACCAGGUUUUUUUUUUCCCUAAUUGAAUGUGCCCUGCCUGCAUUAAGACACUAAUUUACAACUAAGGUUUUCUUGACCGUUGGAAUUGCUUUCUUGUGGCAGCUUGAUGAAAUCAGUUGGAUUGUACAAAGUUGGUUGUUUCAGGCCUACAGCAUGAUAGGAAAUUAAGGUUGUACUAUUUUGCUGAACUUUAUUAUAUUUGAUUGGUUAUUGGGGUUACUCGGGUGAAAUUAUGCAUCUCAAUCAUUGCCAUUUAAGUUAAUAAAACCCAUUUUCUCUC